UAUACAAGGACGUAUAUGAAUUGCUUAUAUUCAAAAUAAUAGUAUUCUUUUUCUUUUUGGUGAAUUUUACACAACCAAUAAGCAUGAAAAUAUUUUUGGCAUUCUCUCUCUAAUGGUGCCGGCUUACGCUAGUUAAUGUGCGCAGGUGAGUUAAACCAUGGCUAAGGGGAAGGCAAAAGGUAGAGGACAAGCUCACAUUCCAGAGCAAGAACAAGGUCGAGGUAAGGGACCUCUUGCAACAUUUGUCAUCUCUGUAGAUGCGAAAUCAACCUGGAAGUGAAGAGAUUCCAGAUCCAAAUGCUUAAGUUACUGAAAUGGCAGCUGGCCCUUCAGCGAGUAGUACUGAGGAGGCUAUAAGAAGCUGAUUCUCAGCCCCAAAACCCUGGAGGAUCUGACAUCUAUGAGUGGAUCUAUGGUAAAAGAAGCUAAUGGAACUGUGCAAGCUCCAGAGAAGAAAAAAGCAACUAAGGUACGGACUCAGUUUUUCUCACUCCAAGUGACCAUGAAGAGGAAACCCCAAUAGAGAAUUGGGUGAAUCUGUUAAAAAAAAAAAAAAAAAACAGGGCGGCAUCACAUGGUAUGAAAUUAAAGUUUAUUCCUCCUCUAGUUGUUAAUGGUGAAACUGUAGUUCAAUUGUUUGAAGAAGAUGUGAAAGUAGAAGAGGAGAAAUGGAACUGUGCUUUAAUUGCCUUUUUUUUCGGGAACGACCGGGAUACAAUGCUAUGUCUCGGUAUAUCUCCCAGAAUUGGGCAAAUAAUGUUGUUGAUCUUGUACUGUAUCUUCAUGAUGAUGGGUAUUAUAUAAUUAAAUUUCUGACUUUUGAAGAUAUGCAUAAAGUACUGUAUGCAGGGCCUUACAUUAUCAAUAAUAAGCCCAUAAGUUUGAAGCCCUGGUCUGAGGAUUUUGAUCUCAGUUCUGUGUUCAUGUCUGAAAUUCCCCUAUGGGUUAAUUUUCCUAAGCUGCCAUUGAACUGUUAGGGAUAUGGACCAUAAUGUAGAAUUGUUAGUGCAAUAGGUUCACCCUUAUUUGCUGAUGAGUGCACAAUGCAACAAACAAAAAUUUGCGGUGCUCGUAUGCUAAUUGAGGUGAAUGUGACAAAACCCCUUCCCUCUGCUGUUAUGGUUCGAGAUCCCAAUGGACAAAUGAUAUGCCAAAGUGUAGAAUAUGAGUGGAAACCUGAAUUUUGUCCUCAAUGCCAAAAAGUGGGACAUAUAUGCAAGGAGCAGUCACCUGCUCAAAAACCUGAACUAGUAAGGAUAAGAAGACAUAGGAAACAAGUUACUCAAGAAUGGAAAUCUAAAGGGGUUGUUAUCCCAGAGGUAGUACAGAACACAAGUGUCCCUAAUGCUCCACAGGGUAAUGAGAAUGUUGUAAACCAAAAUGUGGUACAAGAAGUGGCACAAAAUGAGAAUAAUGUAGCUAGUGCCUCCACAGGAAGGCAGGGGAAACAAACUGCUCCUAGAAAUCCGCCGGUGGCCAGGGAGACAGGCUUGAUCCAUAGCUAUAUUUCUCAGGGACUACAUAGUGGAGCUUCAUCUCAUUCAAAGCUAUAACUUUUGGUAUUGAUUCUUUUGUGUACAUAUUUAUGGGCAUAGCGGGGUCCUGUCCCGCCCAUAUGAUAUGACAUACUUUCCUUAGAGGCUCAUAGACAUGUGUAUAUAGUUAGAUGUGUUUGGCCUUGUCGACCUAUAUUUUGUAUAUCAUUUUGUUAGCCUCGUUGGCUUAUGUACAUUGAUAUGGGCAUAGUUGCAAAUGA